AUGGAGGCAUUUCCGCCGCUCGAGCCGGAGCCUGGUUUCGACGCGCAUUCGAGCAAUACCCCUGCACAAAGGCCGACCCGAGCGCGACGCGUGAGCUCUCUACGGGGUGACCCACGAGGAGACACAGGUGCUACAUCUAUUGCGACGUCCAAUCUCGCCCAAGUCGAGAACAUACAACAGUCUCCGCCAUUGUCUCCAAUACUGGAUACCGCCAACGAGAAAUCGAGCCGAGUGCCUGCGAAACGGAGAAGGGGAAAGAGCUGGUUCAGUAAAUGGAAACGAAUGUCAUUGAAGCAUACUUGGGUCAAUCCGCUCAUCGUUAUAUUGGGUAUCCUGGGAGCAUACAUCGUCAGACCUGGCGAGGACAAUCCACUACAUGCCGCCAUAUUCCUGUCAUAUGCCAAUCCGCCGUUGUAUCAACAAACCAACACACUGCCGGCACACGUUGGGAAUCCGACGCAAUAUGGAAAAGGCCUCAAGGAUCUGGCAUUUUUUGGCUUCUACACAAUUGUCCUGUCCUUCACGCGCGAGUUUCUCAUGCAAUGUCUGAUCCGACCAAUUGCCAUCCGCGCUGGCAUCCUCAACCGAGCAAGACAAGCUCGAUUCAUGGAGCAGUGCUACACAGCUGUAUACUUCGGCAUUUUUGGACCAUAUGGACUAUACGUCAUGAGUCGCACUCCGAUGUGGUUCUUCAAUACCGAGGCCAUGUAUGUUGGUUUCCCGCAUCGUGCCCACGAUGCGUAUUUCAAGGCGUACUAUUUGCUGCAAGCGUCCUACUGGGCCCAACAAGGACUGGUAAUGCUCCUCAUGCUGGAAAAACCGAGGAAAGAUUUCAAAGAACUCGUGCUCCAUCACAUCGUCACUCUCGCCCUAAUCGGCCUGAGUUACCGCUUCCACUUUACAUACAUCGGCCUGAUCAUCUACAUUACAAUGGAUGUAUCAGAUUUCUUCCUUGCAACUUCAAAAUGUUUCAACUACCUGGACUGGGCGAUUGUCGGGCCCUAUUUCAUUUUUUUCCUGUUUGUCUGGGGUUACUUACGGCAUUACAUCAACCUACGGGUCUUGUGGUCUAUGCGUCCUGGCGGAGAGUUUGAAACCAUCGGGCCAUAUGAGCUCAACUGGAGCGCUCAACAGUACAAGUGUCUGCUCUCGCAGGUCAUCACAUUCGGUCUCCUCGCCAUGCUACAAGCCGUCAACAUCUUCUGGUAUGUCCUCAUCAUUCGAAUCGCAUUGCGUCUGUUGUUCAAGGGCGACAGGAAGGACGAUCGCAGUGAUUCUGAGGAAGAGGAAGACGAGGACGAAGGGGAUGUUGGCAGUGAAAGGGAGGCCGGAAAGGUUGCUUCGAAACCCACUUUACUGGUCAAUGGAGACCCUUUGGACGUAAGUGAUGCUUCGACGACGGGCCUCCUGAACCGCGGUGGCGCAGGCGCCGUCAGACAACGAUAA